CGAGGGCUUUUAAGUUCAUCCCUGUGUAUCCCGUCUCCUAAAACUACAAGCACAGCCUGAAGCGCUCCGUCCACCUGAGAAGUUUCUGUCCCGCGCUGAGCGCUUACUCUGGCUCCGCUGCGCUUUCUGCGGAACCUUGGGUCGUAGACGUGUUUCCAGAGGAGGGAGUUUGCUGUGACACUUAGGAUUUACUAGCUUCCGGUGACCGCUCCGACUAAUGGCGGAGCCAGGGCAUCCUGCUCGGGAGGCACCGGCAGCCUCAAGUCGGAAACCUCAUCCGCGCAGACCCCGGCUCUCUCGCCCAGCUUCCGGUGCCUCCGAUCCUCCCCUUCGCAGUUCGGUGCAACCUGCUUGUGACUCCGCCCCCAGAACACAUCCGGUCGGCAACACAGUGUCGAUGAAGCAAAAGAAGAAGAAAACCCAGAACAGGGUCUCUGGAACGAAUGGAAACGAAAAGCCCCCCGAGAAACCUGCCCCAGAGGAAGCUCCUCCUAGUGCUGAGGCCCAGGCGGAGCAGCUGGCGCGGGAGCUGGCCUGGUGUGUGGAACAGCUAGAGCUGGGUCUCAGGACGCGGAGACCCACCCCGAAGCAGAAAGAGCAGGCUGUUGGGGCAAUCCGAACGUUGCGCAGUGAAAAGACUCCCUUGCCGCGGAAGAGACAGCUGAUGCGCUCCUUGUUUGGGGACUACAGGGCUCAGAUGGAUGCAGAGUGGCAGGAGGCCCUUCGGGCUCUAAAGACCGCUACCCGCUCGGCCCAGGUACAGCUUGUCGGUGAGGCCGCCAGAAAGAAGAGCGGGAGGGUCUGCAGACCUCGUCCUGCAGGAAGAGCCCAAACCACUCCGGACUUGACCAAUGAAGAGUUUCGGUUCAAUUUCUUUUAAAGAGUCUCCCACGUGCUGGACUGGUCCUCCUCCUCCAGGGUGCCAUGGGGGAUUUGUGUUGAGUGCAGGGCCUCUCCAGGAAGUCCCUCAGCAGAAGUGGGAUUGGAUUGGUUUGUCCUUCACUGCUGCAUAGACGUGAAGCAGCUGGCUGGUGUGAAGCUGCCCUGUGGAAACUUCUGAAGGGAAUGUUCUUGUCAGAAGAGAUGCUCAGAGUAGCUGCUGGCGAUAAGGAACCAUGGAGAAGCUGUGGAACCGUGGAGAAGCUGUGGACGCCCUGGGCUCACUUUUGAAAGGAUGCUCUGGCCGUUUUUUUUAGUGCUUUAUAUAUUGUUAUAUUGCCUUAAUAAAUCUUUUCUAAAGAAA